UUUUCUCCGAUUCGCAAAAGUGUCUGGUGUCCGCCAGAAACCCAGAUCCAGGCAGACCAACAAAAAAAACGAGCCAACCCCGUGACUCCCCCCGAAAGCCGAUCCGCCCGACUCCAGUUCUGGAGUUCUGGGCCGUGUGUGCCACCUUCACCAUCCCCACGCUCCUUUUCUCCCUCCUUCCCAACGCUUUCCUUGAGCUCUCCCUCCCUCUCGAGAGCAGUCACGCUGGCGUCUAAUCCUUCCAAGUCUUCCCUGCUGGUCCCCCGUGCCAUCUCCUUUUCUCCCGAGAUGGACGGACCGCGGCGGUUAUCUCCCAACACCCAGAAGCAGGGCCGCCGCCGGCGGUCCAGCAGCAUCAUCUACCAGGAACCUCCCGAAUCCAUGGAACAUAGUAGUGACCAGGCUGCAUUGCCCAAUCUCAAUGCGAACUGGGUCAAUGCUAAGGGUGCCUGGACCAUCCACUUUGUCCUCAUUGCCGCGCUGAAGAUCCUCUUCGAUAUCAUCCCCGGCGUCUCGCAGGAGACCUCGUGGACCCUCACCAACAUCAGCUAUAUGUUCGGCUCCUUCCUCAUGUUCCAUUGGGUUCGGGGCAUCCCGUUCGAGUUCAACGCUGGUGCCUACGAUAACCUCAACAUUAUACCCCCCGCCAAGAAGUUCCUGCUCUGCGUGCCCAUCGUGCUCUUCCUCCUCAGCACUCACUAUACCCACUAUGACUUGACCUACUUUACCAUCAACUGCCUCGCCACGCUGGGAGUUGUCAUUCCCAAACUGCCUUUUGUAUGGGCUCCACCCUACUCCUGCCCUGCUUUACAAAAAUACAUUGACUAA